AGCUGCUUGCUCAUCACCACAGUUUCAAAGAUGGCUCUUGCUAGUGUGUUGAGUAGUGAUUGUGCGGAUUUUUCCUUUGACAAAUGUCAGACUUUUGCGUCUGAUUGUGGCCCCGCGCAGAGCGGCCUGGGAUUUGAGUCUACUCCAGGUGAUGGUCUCAGUUUUACCGUCAGGAACCCGCUGUGUGCCAGGGGCGAUGACGAGGUCGAGAGGAAAAUCGAGUUUCUCCAUGGAACAACCACCUUAGCAUUUAAAUUCCAGCAUGGUGUUAUUGUUGCCGUGGACUCUCGGGCCACAGCGGGCUCUUACAUCGCAUCACAGACUGUGAAGAAGGUGAUUGAGAUCAAUCCCUACCUGCUGGGCACUAUGGCUGGAGGAGCUGCAGACUGUAGCUUCUGGGAACGUCUGUUGGCCCGACAGUGUCGCAUCUAUGAGCUUCGCAACAAGGAGCGCAUCUCAGUGGCAGCUGCCUCCAAACUGCUUGCUAACAUGGUGUACCAGUACAAGGGCAUGGGACUCAGCAUGGGAACCAUGGUGUGCGGCUGGGAUAAGAGAGGUCCAGGGCUGUACUACGUUGACUCAGAGGGCAACCGGGUGUGUGGUGACCUCUUUGCUGUGGGCUCAGGCUCCAUGUACGCAUACGGUGUCAUGGACAGUGGCUUGCGACAAGACCUGACCGUGGACGAGGCCUGCGAACUAGGCCGCCGCGCCAUCUACCAGGCCACGUACCGUGACGCCUACAGCGGAGGGCAGGUCAACCUUUACCAUGUCCAUAGUGAGGGUUGGACCAGGGUCUCUCAGGAGGAUGUGCUCAUGCUGCACCACAAGUACAAAGACCAGGCCCAGUGAGAAAAAGAGUGUUGGGGUUUAUUCUCGUAUCCAAUGUUUAAGAUGUUCUGAAAUGUCAAUAGCGUUAUCAAAGGACUCCUGUCGAUUGAUUACAAUUUCUACUGCUCACCAUUUUGACUUGUUGCUAUCUUCAAGUUAUAAAAUGUACAUUUUCAUUAUUAGCGUAAGCUCCACUGACUCUGCAGAGUAUGAUUCGAGUGUCUGCAGACAACGUAAACCUGCUUUAAUACAGUGUGGGAGAAGUGUGCCGCUUGCUCUACAUACACCUAAUUUGGAUUGUACCCAAGGAAACAACAUCUUUCUCAAUAAAACCUGUGAUGUUCUUUUUCCAA